AUGAUGGGUGAUUUACUAAUUGAAGAAGCAGAUCUUUCAAAAAGAUCAGUUUUUGAAGUUAGUGGAAUGUUACAAACAUCUUUCAACAAGUUGUUUGAGUUCUUGGAAAAGGGAAUUCUAUGUGAUGUUGUAAUACAAGCUGGAUCAAAAUCUAUAAAAUGUCAUCGUAAUGUUUUAGCAAGUUGUAGUCCGUAUUUUCAAGCUAUGUUCACAUCUCCUCUGGCAGAAAGCAAACAGCAUGUGAUAACAAUUGGGGAUAUUGAUGAAACUACAAUGGAAAUGCUCAUAAAAUUUGCAUAUACUGCAAAGAUUGAGUUAAAUACUGCUAAUGCCCAAGCAUUAUUGCAUGCAGCUUCAGUUUUGCAGUUGGAUGCUUUAGCUCAAGCAUGUUGUGAAUUCAUGAAUACUCAGCUCCAUCCUAGUAAUUGUCUUGGAAUCCGUCAAUUAGCUCAUCAACUGGGACAAUCAAGCCUAAUUAAAAAUGCUGACGAGUAUACUCUAAAUCAUUUCAGACAAGUUAUCUUAGAAGAAGAAUAUUUAUCAAUAUCAGUAAAACAUUUAGAAGAAAUCAUUUCAUCUUCAGAUUUAUUUGUGGAUAAUGAAAUAGAAGUGUAUGAAGCCAUGAUGCUUUGGGUCAAGCAUGAUGUAGACAAAAGAAGAGAAUAUUUGCCAAAACUCUUAUCAAAUGUCCAUCUACCUCUUUUACCACUUUCAUAUCUUCGUAUGUAUGUAGAAUCAGAUUCAUUAAUUCGCAAAAGCUUAGAAUGCCGUGAUCUACUGGAUGAAGCUCGUCAUUACCAGAUGUGGCAAGUCAGUCAUUUACCUAACGGUCAUCUUCCUGUAAAUAAACGAACUAGACCAAGGAAAAGUUAUGCCGGUAUCAUCUUCUGUGUUGGUGGCAGAGGAUGGAAUGGUAGUCCAUUUGCUUCUGUUGAGUUUUAUAGUUCAUUUUAUAAUAAGUGGGUUAAGCUAAAUGAUAUGUCAACUCAUCGAAGGCAUGUUGGAUGCGUCUCAUUAAAAGGCAAAAUAUAUGCUGUGGGAGGAUGUGAUGAAAAUGUGCAUUUAGCUAGUGCUGAAGUACUUGAUCUGCUGACAAACAAAUGGUCAAUGUUAUCUUCAAUGUCCACACCUAGAAGAGGAUUAGGACUUUGUUCCAUGGGAGGUCCCAUAUAUGCUGUUGGUGGCUUAGAUGAUACUGUUUUUUAUUCUACUGUUGAAAGAUAUGAUGUCAGCUCUGAUAUUUGGAAUACUGUAGCUCCUAUGAAUUGUGCAAGAGGAGGAGUUGCUGUAGUCAACUUGAAAGGUCUAAUGUACGCAUUAGGUGGAAACAGUGGACCUGAAUCUCUGAAAACAUGUGAAGUAUAUGAUCCUCAUCUUGAUAAAUGGACAUUUAUCGCAUCCAUGAAUCAAUGUAGAGCGGGAGCUGGUGCAGUAGUCGUUGAUGGCUUCAUUUAUGUCAUUGGUGGAUUUGAAUACAAUGUAUCUACUAACUCGGUUGAAAAAUAUGAUCCAGACAAUGACAAGUGGAGUUUCGUAAGCCCUAUGAAAUUUUGUCGUGGUGGAGUUGGUGCAGCAACAUUAGGUGGCUGUAUUUAUGCUAUUGGAGGACACAAUGGUUCUUAUUAUUUAAACACUGUCGAAAUUUAUGAUGUUGAACUCGAUAGGUGGAAAAUGGGAGAAAAUAUUAAUGAUUGCCGUGCUGGUGCAGGAGUGACUUGGUGUUCUUGCAGUGCUGAUUACCUGAGUAAGCUGUGUAACAAUAGUAUCAAGGAAGAAAACAUCACCUAGAGGUGAUGACAGUCAGAUUUCUAGCAUUUAAUACACACAUAAACAUUUAUUUAUGGCAUUUCCUAUUGUGUUUGAAUUACUUUAAACAUAUUUCUGAGUUUUAAUUUUCUGUUAUGCAGUUGUGUUUUUCAUGACAUUACAAAUCGCUUUUUGUUCAGUAAAAAAUAAUAGAAGACAAUUUUUCUUGUUAAAUUUACAAGUUUCUUUGAAAACAGUAGACUGAAAUUUCUUCAUCAAUUCGACACCUUACCUUAUUCAAUGGUCUGGUAGCCAAAUAGAAAUUUUUCAUUGAACCCUUUUUUCAAUUAUUAAGUUUUUUUAUUGCUAGUAUUUCAUCUUUAUAGAAUGUAUAUUAAUAAAAUAGAAGAUACUCAUGGCUUUAACUAUAACAACUUUAAGGUGAUAAGACUUUCAGAUGAGCAAAAAGUGGUCAAUGGUUUUUCAUUUAUUAAAAUGUUUUUUAUUUAUUAUACUUGUAAAAACUAAACCUUUUAACUGAACAUUUUUUUAAAAAAAUUGAAUCCGUGAAAACUGGUGAAGUUUGACACUUUUUGUGGGAGCCACGCCCCUUUAUUUAUUAAAAAAUGCAUAUGAAAAUGUAUAUAAAAAUGCUUGUGUAAAAAAGCAAAGAAUAUUUAAAUUUUUAAUAUCUAUACCAUUUGAAAUAAAUCAUAAGACCUUGUUUGUGAUGAAUUCGUAUUAAAAAUUAAAUUGUUUAUUGAAUAAUGAAAUUUGCAACAGUAAAAUAGUAAAUGUUGAUUUUCCCAAAGCAUAAUUUUCAGC